UUUUUAAAGAUUAAAAUAUUAAUUCAAUUUGACGCUUAAAUGUCAUUGAAUUUAUAAUUAAGAUAAGAGUUUCGCAAUGGGUGGUUUUCUCUCUUGGAGGAGAUCGACGGCCCAAACGCCAAUAGUCGAUAACGCGGAUCGAGCAAAAAAUGUUGCUUAUAAUAAUUUUCGAGGCAUCGUUGGAUUCUUUCCGCCAGUUCUUAUUUUACCAUGGUUUUUUGAACUGGGAAAGCACGACAAAACAGUGAUACUGAUGUGGGUCUGCAUGCUAUGGAUGUUCUUUUGGCAACCGUCGAGUAUUCAAGCGUGUGGACUUAUUCCGCUGUUCGUUCUUCCAAUGUGUGGUGUGGUGUCUAGUUCUGUUGUUGUUCAAUGUUAUUUUAAUGAUAUCACAGCGUUAUUUAUAAUAGGCAGUAUGAUGCAUUUACUUUUAAACAACUCCGGUGUGGAUCGCCGAAUUGCUAUAUGGUUCCUUUGUGCCGGUAACACAAGUCAAUUCUCAGCACUAAGACUUGUCUACAAAGCUAGUAUGGCUUCAUUUUUAUUGUCUGCAAUUUGUAAUAAAUUUAUAGUGACAUCUAAUAUAAUAGAUAUCAUGACAGUGGUGCUGACAAGUCUACAGGGAAAAUCAAGAAGCACUACGGAUUUUAAAAAACUUAAACAUAUUAUGAACAACGCGAUUCAAACAGCCUCUUCCAUUGGUAGCAUUUGUAUUAUACAUGCGUCGUAUGCUACAUUGUUUUUCCGAGGCAUCUGGUUUGUGAGUGGGCCCAAGGGGAUGGAGUACCCUGACAUUUUCAACUAUUUGCAGUAUUGUUGCUACGCCAUUCCCACUGCUUUGGUCAUGUUCUUAUGUAACGUAUUUUAUCACAUGGCGCUUAUCUUAAGGACUACUCGUGCACCUUUCAGUGACAGUGAUAUGGCAGAAGUUAAGAAAUUAUUACUCGAACAAAAGAAAGUUUUGCCGGAGAAAAUGGGCACGCAUGAAAAGCUAACUCUAAUAUUUGCAACAUUAGCAAUGCUUACUUUUAUUUUCCGCUGGUGUGUUUGGUUGAAUAUGGGCUGGGCAACAUUUCGAAGAGAAGCAGUAUCACCAUUAAUACCUGGCAUCAAAGAUGCUACAGUUGCCGCGAUAUAUAUUUUCAUACUACAUUUACUACCGAGGACAUUGGGAUUUAUGAGAUUUCUAACUGCAAAAAGAAAAAGUCAAUUGACAAUGAAACCGGAAUCUGCAAUAAUUUUUUGGCGUUUUGUUAACAAGCACACAAACUACGGAUACUUCUUUGUGCUUGGUGCGGGCGUUUCACUGAAUAUAGCAGUACGAAAUACCGAUUUAUGCUCUGCGAUAUCGGCGGGUUCUGGAAAAUUAUUAACAGACUAUGUCUGGUGUUUGUCACUUCUUCUUGUUGUGUUCAUCGCAAUAUUCUUAGCAAAUAUAAUGCCUGGGGUCGCUUCCUGUUGUUUGUUUUUACCCUUCGUUAUCAACAUGGCUGUCGAACCAGACGCGCCGGUACCAUGGCCAAAGAGAGUUUACAUCGGUGCCCUCGGCGUGGGAGUAGCCAGUUCAAUGACCUUUAUGUUUCCAUUUUUAAAUACACCUGCAUAUUUUUGCAAUACUACUGGAAAAGUUCCUAGGGGUAUAAUGGCAAAAUACUCCUUCCCUAGCGUGAUUAUUUGUGGUAUUAUCAUUUGGUUGUCUUUAUGCUAUUGGGCGCCUAUAGUCUGGGAUCCUAAUGGUGAGGGAAUUUCGCCCGUACCGAGCCCAACCGGCAACAACACCACACAACUUUUGUAAACAAUAAAAGGAAGGUCAAGCUGCAAAUUUGUUAUGCGUUCGGAGUUUAGUAUUGUAUUAUAGUUAUUUUGGUUAUUUAAUUCAAUUUGUGAAGGACUUCCCUACUUUUUGUAAGAGAAAACUGCGGGGUACGAAGUUAGCCAGUGUUGCUUGGGUUAUUUGCGAGGCAUGAAUUUUAAACAAUGAGUUUUUAAUGUAUUACAGUUAAUAACUAUAAAAAUAUUUUAGCCCUAGUAUAUAAAGACUACCCUAAAGCAUAUAUACGUUGUAUAAGGUAAAUAUGUAUCGUUUAUCUAGUAAUCGCAAAUGUCGCGCUAUAUACUCGUAUAUUUUUUUACUAAUCGUUGGUUUCUGAGACCAAUAUACCUCUUAGCUUUGAUAUAACAGACAUACGAUUAAACAGAGACCAUGGUCUCAGAAACCAAUGAUAAGAUGAUAGGAUUAAAAAUAAUAUGCACUUGAGAAUUGUAUUAAUUUGAUUACGAAAAAUAUUUUUAUUAUUAUAUGUUACUUAUGAUAAUAAGGGGAUUUAAGAGGUAUUAAGCGCGUCUGCAUGAAACAAAAUAGUCGUCUAAUUUGUUAUAAAAUAAAAUAUUCGUUAAUACGUUUAUGUAUAAGUUCGUGGAGUUAUUGAUAUUUGUUUCUAGUUUUAUUUAGAAUUAAUUAUAUUAAGAUUUGUUUCACUAAUUUCUAAUAUAUUUAAAAUAAAAGUUA